GAGAAUGGACUGAUGGUAUAGCAAUUCCUCAGUAUGAUUCCGAGGCCGGAGCUCUUUCUUCUGUCGACCCUGCUCACAUAUCCAGCAUGGGCAGCAGAAACAAGGUCCUCGGGGUCAACACGACCUCUCGGCGUCGGCCCUGAAUUUGCGAAAUUCUACAAAAAGUCCGCUGCAGACACUUUCACAUGCAUCUCCAACCCCUCCAUAAUGAUACCAUACUCUCGAGUCAAUGACGACUUCUGCGACUGUCCGGACGGGUCGGACGAGCCUGGCACGGCAGCUUGCUCAUACCUGUCUCCUCUAUCACCUCCGCAGUACCACCCUGGCCCAGACACGGUCGCUGCCUCGAUAAACAGCACAUUGGCACUACCGGGCUUCUACUGCAAGAACAAGGACCAUGUUCCCUCCUACAUCCGAUUCGAGAGUGUCAACGACGGCAAAUGUGACUACGAUGUAUGCUGCGACGGCUCAGACGAGUGGGCACACGUCGGCGGAACAAAAUGUGAGGAUAAAUGCAAAGAGAUCGGAAAGGAGUACAAGAAGCACGAAGAAGCACGACAGAAGACCUUGAGAGCGGCACUGAAACGAAAGGCGACGCUAGCAACCGAUGCAGAGAGACUGAGACGUGAAGUCGAGGCACGCAUCGGCUCCCUCGAAAUAACACUCCAGGCACAGCAGGUCAAGGUCAAAGAGGCGGAUGAUACACUUCAGGAUGUUGAGCGGAGAGAGAAAUUGAGAGUCGUUCGAGGCGACGCCGCAGGCAAAGGAGCCGGCAAGCUCGGCGUCUUAGUCGGCCUCGCUAAGUCGAGAGUGACCGAGCUGCGUACGCACCUGGAGAAGACAAAAGCUCAAAGGGAUGCCAUGGUCAACCGGGUCACCGAACUUGAAGGCCUCCUCACAGCCCUGAAGGAAGAGCACAACCCCAAUUUCAAUGACGAAGGCGUCAAACGCGCCGUACGAGGCUGGGAAGACUACGCAGCUCGAGAAACUACCGACGACUGGACCGAGGCCGAAGACCGCGACGUGGCAUCCGUCCUCCAAGAAGACUCCGAGUCCAACGGGAUCAACUUUGCCGAAUUCGAGAAUGAUGAAGGCGAGCCCGAAUCCGACGUCGCAGCCCUGUACAACCUCAGCGCCUACCUUCCCGACGGUUUGAGACUGUGGCUCGACGAGAAAAUCGUUUCACUCCGCAAAGUUCUCGUGGAGAAUGGCGUUCUAGCAGAUACAAACGCGUCAUCGGCUCCUCAAGCAGAAAGCAAAGCCGUGCAGAACGCGAAAAAGACGUUGACCGACGCCGAGCGCGAUAUACGUACCACGGAGAACGAUCUCAAGCGCCACCGCGAUGACCUGGACAAGGAUUACGGUCCGGACGGCGGCAUUUUCCGUGCCCUGAAGGACACAUGCAUUUCUAAGGACUCGGGCGAGUACGAGUACGAAUUAUGCUUCAUGGGGUCGACGAAGCAGAAGUCCAAGAAGGGCGGUGGCAAUACGGGAAUGGGCAACUUUGCGGGGUUCGAGACAGAGUGGGUCGAUGAGAAUGUCGCUGCUGAUGGCAAGGGCUUGGGCACGGGGGUGAGGGUGGUGAUGAAGUAUGAGGGUGGACAGCAUUGUUGGAAUGGGCCUGCUAGGUCGACGAAGGUUAUUCUCGCUUGUGCGGAGAAAGAUGAGAUUUGGAAGAUCAGUGAGAGUGAGAAAUGUGUUUAUCGCAUGGAGGUUGGUACGGCGGCUGUUUGUGAGCAGCAGGUUGCACAAAAGGCCGGCGAGCAGGGUGGAGAUGGAAAGAAGGAUGAACUGUGAAAACUAGCAUAUCGCACCGACCCCUUAGACGAAGUGUAACCACAAGCCGUAUACCUCUUAACUCCCAGUCUCCCAUGAUCUUGAC